GUCUCCUCGAGCUGUGCGGUUUUCUCUGCUCGCACCUCCCGCGCUGUCCUCAGUACAGCCCAUUCAACCGAUUCUCCGCAGUGCUGAAAGAAAGGGAGAGAUAGUGAGAGUGUUAAAGGAGAGGGGGAGUAAGGCAGGGAGAGGGGGUGCGAUACGAGGAAACACGAGAGAGAAAGAGAGAGAGAGUAAGGGAGGAGGGGGAAAGAGAGGGAGAGAACUGCAAAAUCCGCCAAAGCUGCCUGGCGCGUGGAUCUUGCUUUCGGCGCCCGUGCAGCUCUCAUUCGCCGCGCGGACAGGAUGAGUUCCUUCAGCACCAGGGCGUUGACGCUCCUCUCCUCUGUGUUCGGGGCCUGUGGCCUGCUCCUGGUGGGUGUGGCCGUGUCCACAGACUACUGGCUGCUCAUGGAGGAGGGCAUCAUCCUGCAGCAGAACCAGACUAUGGAGGUGAAGAUGGCGCUGCACUCCGGCCUCUGGAGGGUCUGCUUUGUGGCCGGGCCAGAAAAAGGAAGAUGUGUGGCAUCAGAAUACUUCACUGAGCCAGAAAUCGAGAUUACCACGGAGAACACAGCAAAUAUUCUAAAGAUGGUGAGGACAGCCACACCCUUCCCCAUGAUAUCUCUUCUCUUCGUCUUCACUGCCUUCGUCAUCAGCAACAUCGGACACAUUCGGCCUCAGCGCACCAUCUUGGCCUUCGUCUCCGGAAUCUUCUUCAUCCUCUCAGGCUUGAGUCUGGUGGUUGGUUUGGUGCUGUAUAUCUCAAGCAUAAAUGACGAGGUGAUGAAUCGUCCGAGGGAGCCGGAGGGCUUCUUCUACUACCACUAUGGCUGGUCCUUCGCUUUCGCAGCCAGCUCCUUCCUCCUGAAAGAGGGUGCGGGGGUGAUGUCGGUUUACCUCUUCAUGAAGCGCUACACUGAGGAGGAGAUGUACCGGCCACACCCAGCUCUCUACCGCCCCCGCCUGUCUGAGUGCAGCGACUACAGCGGUCAGUACCUGCACCCGGAGUCCUGGCCGCCUCCCCAGCGUGGCCGCAGCGCGUCCGAGGUCUCCAGCGACAUCUCCAUUCAGCUCAACCAGACCACACCUCCGGGUCCGCCCAAGGGGAGUGGCGCCGGCCCGCCCCCCGGCGGCCCUCUCUCUUCCGGUCCGUCGUCGGGGGCCAGCUACCACCACGCCCCACCUUCCUCCUCCUCCUCUUCCUCUUACCCUCACUCCAUCCACCACGCCUCCGGCCACAACCCCCAGGCCUUGCCCAUGGCCACGCCUCCAUCAGCUGUGCCCCCGCCCCGCUACCACCACGCGCACAUACGCAUGAGCGCCUCCCCCUGCUAGAGGAAGAGAGAGAAGAGAGAGAGAGAGAGAGCAUUGGAAUCCUUACAGGAACACAAGCUUAAAACACAUACACACAGACAUGCCCAAACACAUGCACGCAAACACACACACACAGGGUGGGGUGGGGUGCAAUGGAAAAUAUGAAUGUUGGAUGAGAAGAAAAGGAGAGCUGAAAAGAGCGAUGUAGAACAAAUGAUGGGAGGAAAAGGGAGUAGAGGUAAGGGAAGGGGGGGUAAAGGGAGGAAGGUGAUAAGCGUUUGAAGGAUUCAUGUUUUUGCAUUAACUGUGCCUGAGAUGAAGACUAAGAGGUUGGGGAGGAGUGGGGGGAAAGAAGUGGGAGAGAAGGGGGGGGGAGGGCCAGAGCAUUUACUACACAAACAAUAUAUUUGAAACACAAGUAAACAUACAAAAAAAAAACACAAACAACAAUCAAGAACACUUCUAUAUGUAUAGAGAUUUGUACUUCAUCUGUAUGAAAAGAAAGGUUGUCAUUUCUGUCGAGACGUUUUCAUGUUUUCUCCUAGCUGUUAUGCUAGAUAUGUUUUUUUUUCACCUGCAUCGUUACUUCAUGACAAAGUACAAUUUGUAUGAUAAUGUUUUUCUUGUUUGUUUUGAUGGUAAGCUUUGCUGGCGAAUGUUUGGAAUAGUCUUGUAAUAGUUGGACAUUGAGGCGUCUUUACAAUGGAAAUGUUAUUGCCUGAAGCUCAGUAUAUCUCUAGAGUUGAAUCUUUAUGAGGUAUAGAAUCUUUCUAAAAAUUAGAUUCUUCCUGAGGUACAGAAUCUUGCUGAAGCGGAGAUUCUUCCUGAAGUGUAGAAUCAUCAGCUGAGAAUAUAAUAUAAUUGUUUGAGCCUAAAUGAAUCAGCCUUUCCCCAGUAUUGUAUAUAAUAUCAAAUAGCAGUCAGGCUCUUCAGAGAGGUGUGGUAUAUUGGACACAUUUCACCCCUCCUUCCAUUAGUCCUAUCUCUUUAACUGCCGCACCAUCAGUUGGCAACCAAUUAAGAUCACCCACAAAAUUGCAAACGAUUGUAGCAAUACCAUUUAAAGACGUAAAAAAACAAAUAGAUUUGCUUGGCCUCCCGAUGUUGCUUCUUGCAGCUAGAUGCAAUUUGCCUCUUAUUUUGUACUCAGUAUUGGAUAUUGAGGGUCCAAACUCAGCGAAGGUUUAAUGCAGCAGAACAGCAGUAGAAUGCCUUGCCUUAGAAAUGUUUUGUCUUUCUGUUCCCUUCAGGGACUUUCCUGUUUUAGCUCAAUUUGCAGCUGUCUGGCUCUGUACUUUAUGUUACUAACACUCUAAUGUCCAUUAAUAUUUGUACUGGGAAGAACUAGAGUGCUACUAUUAUUAUUAUUAUUACUACUACUUCUGCUCCUAGUAUUACAGUUAUUGCUAUUAUCCUAAUAAUGUAUUAUGAAAAAACCUCCAUAUGCAUUUCUAAAUCAGUAUUGUAAGUACUACUAGAAACCUUUUUUAUUGAUAUGAUGUAAAUUCAGUUUGAGGAAUGCUGAAUGGAAGCUGAGAGUUAAAGAGAGAGAGAGAGAGAGAGAGAGAGAGAGAUUUAUGUCAAAUGAAAUGACCUUCUCACCAACCGUAACAUAGCACUGUAGUCAUGAGUGGCUGGAGUAUACUACUGAACUGUCCUCUAAACAUAGCACUGUAGUCAUGAGUGGCUGGAGUAUACUACUGAACUGUCCUCCAAGCCAGGGAUGUGGACAGUUCAACUGUAUUAGACUCUGACGCACUAAUAACUAAAGCUAUUUGCACAGACUGGUGGUAGCAGGGAGCUGUUGGUAGUUAUGCAGCCUUGAACUAAACAAAGGCGUAUCAGGUAUUAUGUCAUAUUGUGAAAUACCUUUGCUAUAGCACAAUACAGAAAUACCAAUGCAGAGCCAUCGGCAAGGUGAGGCGAUUCCCACUGAGUGUCAGGCUGUGAUAUCAUCGGAGGAUAAAGACGUGUCUCUGUGGCGCCCCCAUGUGGAUGCAGAGAGUAACGCAGGUCUCGCUGACGGGGAGGAGGGUAUGAGUCAUGCUUACCCAGAGAGGACAGCUAAUCAUUCAGAAUGUGGGGGAAAAAACGCCUGAGGAUGGACUGCCCCUUGGAGUUCUUUUUUUACCCUCUGUAAAUCCUAAAUUUUUCAUUUUAAAAUCUAUAUUUCAGUUUUCCCUGACUAUGAAAUCUAGAAUAAAGGUAGCACCAAGAUUAUGGUAUUAGUUUAAGACAAACCUUAAGAAUUGUAUUCUGACAUCCAAUUAUUUUCGAAAAAUGGUACCCUAAGUCAGGAAUGUACAGGAAUCAGAGAACUUUAUGUACUUAUAUGAUGACAAGAAAAGUAAGUAUAGCCACAACUAUUUUUCUUCUGGAUCCAAAGACCGUGAGGUAAUAUCUGUUUCAAAUGGGACAGGGUUUGUUGCCCUUCUUUGACUUCCUGCUUUAUGAACAUGCAGGACUGGUUCCUGCUCGAGAGACUUUAGAGCGAUUCGGUAGUUCCUGUUUAUAAACCUGUAGCAUUGUUACAACAGAUGAAGCUCUGUAGUAGAGAUUAGUUUUACUGACCAUAUCCUAUAUCACGUAUAUAAAUGAGACAAAAGGUGUGUGUGUGUGUGUGUGUGUAUUCUUGUGUGCGUUUUGGUAUGUGUGCAUGUGUGUGGGUACAUGAGCCUGUACGGCACGUCAUUGCAUACACACAAGUGUGUGUUUGACUGUAACUGUGUGUGUGUGUGUAUAUGAAAGAGAGAGAAAGAGUGGGGCUGGUGAUAGGUUGAUGACGCAAGACACAAAAUUGCUUUGCAACAAAUUAGAUUGGAUUGUACAUUGGCUGCCCAGUGUGCUUUCUCUCUGUCCCUGGCACUGUCACAUAUUUAUCGUCAUUUGUGCUGUGGCACUAUCAGAAACAUUCAGCCUGUAGGGUUGAACUGAAUGCUGCAUUCUGUUGGAAAGUCCUUGAACAGCAUGUGUCACAUCUGCCAAGUGUUUGGCGGAGUGGGAUUCAGUUCUGCUGGUCAUUUGUCUUUUGAUGUAUCUCGUUCCGUUCCUCCAGCACGUCCCCCUUUUCUUUGGUUGUCAUUCCCAACCCUCUCUUUCACUCUCCGCGCCACUCCCUCCCCUCUCCCUGUCUGCGCUGCGCAUCGUUAAUCUUGAUUUGUUUUCUCAAACCCCCGUUUGUCUCACCUGUCUCAUCUCUGUCCUCUUCUCGUUUCUCUCCCCUCGUGCCAGUACAUCUCUCUUCCUCUCUGCCCUGAAUCCCCUUUUCAUCUCUCUCUUUAUCCCCCUUUUCAUCUCUCUCUCUCUAUCCCCCUUUUCAUAUCUCUCUCUCUAUCCCCUUUUCUUUUCUCUCUCUCUAUCCCCUUUUCAUCUCUCUCUCUCUAUCCCUUUUUCUUCCUGUUUUCUGUCCCCUUGUCCGUCAGUCUCCUCCCAUAGCCUCUUGUUCUCUCCUCAUGCUCCCCACUCACCCUUGUCGUCCAUUGUUUUUGUCAAACUCUUUUCUUCCAGUACCCACUUCUCUCUCUCUUUUUCUCUCUCUCUCUCCAAUCUUGUACAGUCAGCAGCUGAGUGUGAGAUGACUCUGGUCUGUUUCAUUGUCAGCUGUUGUCAUCGUGCCUAUCGUUUUGCUUCUCUCUCUUUCUUUAUCUCUAUUCCAUAUCCCUCCAUCCAUCCCAUCUACUAGUUCUCAUUCCUAUGCAUCUCUGUACGGUACUGUGUUUUUUUCCUUCAAUCCUGCUCUUCCACACUCCUCUCUUCCUCACUGCUUGUCUCUCUUUUCUCACAAUUAGAGAAACUGUGCCUGAAUUAAACUUAUAUACAUAUUAUUAUUAUUAUGAUGAUUAUUAUUAUUAUUAUUAUACUUUUCAUAAAUAGGCUAAAUCUUGUAUUGUUAUAUAUACAGUAGGUAUGAUGAUUCCACAUUGUUUUGCUCUAUCUUUUACAAUGCACUAUCAGAGAGAUUGUUCCUACUGAGGAGUAUGUUGAUGAAUGAUACAUGAAAUGAGUACAAACCGGAGGUACUGACUGCCAUGUCAUUGUCUUCAGCUACUGAAUAAAUCUUAGGGGUCAAACUGCCUCUGUCUCUGCCUUACAUUUAAAGUUAUAGAAAGAGUUGUGUCAGUCCAAACAAAGAUGUGGUCUAGGUGCGCGGGCAAGGAGAUGAACUGUGGGAUAUUCACAUAUCAGGACAGGCAAAGGCUGGCAUAGUGACACUUUUUUUGAAAGCCUCCUUUUUUAUAUUUUUUUAUGGGGACUUAUUGUCUGUUCUGGUGUGUGACUAACUGGCAUGUCUACCACUGACAAUAUGACCACUUGGAUGGUUUUACUCUGAUUAAUGAGAGAGAGAGAGUAUGAACGCAAGGGUGGAUUGAUGAAUAGAGAGUUCCGAACAGACAGCCUGAACAUUCAUGUUAUAUUUAUUUGACGUAGGCUACAUAUCAGUGUGAUGGAGAAGAGCUAAAGAGAACUGAAGCCCAAUAAAUCUGUCCUGUAUUGGACACACAUGUGUACCAUGUGCAGACAUUUGUAAAAAAAAGAAAAAAAAGAA